AUGCAGUCGACCUUCAAUGGCAUCAUAAAAGAACUCUCAGGUAUCCAAUUCGACUAUUUCCGAAAAGUGGACGGAGCAGAGCCCUCUCUGGCUAACUUUCUCUCCCACAUCCAUUCGGACCAUCUUACCGGUCUAGCGGGAAAGAGCUACCGAGCACCUUUUAUAUACUGCUCUGCUGCAACCAAGCAGUUGCUCUUAAAGCUCGAAAGACGACUCCAUCGUUUCAACUAUGCAAAAAAGCUGGUAGAAAGCCAUGAGUAUUCAUAUCUACAUUAUGCAAACAGAGAUCGCAUACUCAGGGAACUCCCACUGGAGACGCCUACGGAUAUUGAACUCUGCCCCGGCUACACUAUACGAGUAACACUAUUCGAUGCCAACCACUGUCCCGGUUCGACCAUGUUCCUGGUCGAAGGAAGGGGCAAAGCGAUUCUUUACACCGGUGACAUAAGGGCCGAACCAUGGUGGCUCGAAAAGCUCAAACGUAACCCAAUACUUCUCCCAUAUUUCCGAGGUAUCAAAACCCUCGACUGUCUCUACCUUGACACUACACACGCAAGCUUCGAAGCAUCACAUCUAACCUUCAGCUCCAAAGCCGACGGUAUUGCUGAUUUAUUAACACAAAUCUCAAAAUACCCACCCGAGACAGUCUUCCAUCUGAACACCUGGACCCUAGGGUACGAAGAUGCGUGGGUCGCUCUUGCGUCGUACUUUAACACUCAAAUCCAUCUCGAUGACUAUCGUCUUGGAUUAUUUAAUGCCCUUGGCUCAAGGGAUUCAAAAAGUAUUUGGGAACACGGCGCUUUCCUUCUGGGCCGUACACUUUCGCUCGCUGACACCGUUCUCACGGACGAUAAGAACGUACGGUUUCACUCUUGCGAGCGGUGGUUGGAGUGUGAAGGGAGGGAUAAAGCGAGGGAGGAAGGAAGAUUGGUAGAGAUCUCGCCGUUGGUGGCGAAGUAUAGAGAUUCAAAUGGGACAGAGUAUAUGCUCAGGGAACCUGGUGAAGGUGGUGGGAAUGUGGAUGCAAACGCCGUCAAUGAGAUGUCUGGAGAUCUUCUCUUGGAGCUAACGGCGAUUGUAAAAGAUCAAAAACUCUCAGAGCUGAUCCAGCAGAUCGAUGUGAAGCCAGGAUUCAUCCUACCACUCGAUGCUGCUGCUCCAGAAUCUGAUACUAAACUGGAUGGAUUUAUCGAGAUCAUCAAGCGAAACCUAGAAGCCCUCAUCAUAUCGCGAAAAGGAGAGCAAUUGAAGACUGAGAGUCAACCUCGCGGCAAAGAAGCCUCUGCUCUUCCAAAAUGGUUUGGCUACCCGGCUUCCCGACACUCCUCAUUCUCUGAACUUCAAGAUUUCGUCAAAGCUCUCGCCCCGAAAGACGUCUACCCAUGCGUCGCCGCUGAUGGCUCUUGGUACCAAAAGGACACCAUCCGAAAGCUAUUCGGCAAGUACUGCAAAGGCACAGAGUUUGCAUUCGAUGUUGAACGAGCCCUGGACAUAGAUUUCGUCGCCGAGACAAGGCAGAAUCUAGAAUACCUCGAACUUCAAGAACAAAGGGCCGCCGGUAUGGCAGAAGAAUCACAACAAGCCCGUUCCCAACAAGUGUUUCGUUCUUCACAGGAAGAAUACCUUGCGCACAUACGAGGUCCUACGCAAUCAGAUGAUUCAGAGAUUAAAAAACAAGUAGAUGACGCCGUUCGACGAAUAAAACUCGAUGAGCAAUCUCAUGCUACUUGUCUACCGGGAGACACUCAGGCAGAUGAGUACGAUCCCACAGAUCCGAACAUUGUUGCGAAAGUGGAAAGGGCAAUUGAAGAUGGCAAGUUAUUGUCAAAAUCAAUAUCGAAUUUCAAUCCUCGUGCCACAAUCCAGGUUCACAGGACACCAGAAACAUCCGAGAUCCAAAAGCCUGAGGAUGUACGAAAAGCACCAGCGAUUUCUAGACGGAGACAAACAAAGGCGGGAUCAGAUAUUAUCCUUACUGCCUCACUAGAUGAAUACAAACGUGCUACAGUUCCUCUGAAGCGUUUCCAUAGCGAUUCUACUCACCCCCCCUCUCCGAAUAAGAAGCAAAGUAUCAGAAAAGUCGGCUACAACGAUAUCACUACAGCCAACGGCAUGGUUUCUGAAGUACCAUCAGAGAGGGUUUCUGACACGUUUGAGGAGAAAGAUGACUCGCAGGACUCCCUACCUAGCAACAUCGGCGACCUAGAUAGGGAGAGAGUCAAGGAAGCCAUGAAGGCCGUGCGGGAAGGCCGUUGGCUAGAGACGAGCAGUCGGUUGGGGUUUAAUAAUAUGAACUGGAAGUAUAAGAAAGAGAAGGAACUUUAA